GCGCGCACCUGCGCGGGGCUCCCCACGUGAGGAUGCGGCGCCGCGCCGCGCCCCGCCCCGUUCGCUGUGACGCAGGCUCGUGCCCUUCCCUCCGGAAGUGCGGCGCUCUCGUGCCUCCAGCUGCGGGCAGUGGGUCUGGAGGCGCUGCUGGACCCCGCGCGCACCCCGUCGCCAUCAUGGGGGGCAAGAACAAGCAGCGGACCAAGGGCAACGUGCGGCCUUCUAGUAGUGGCCGAGCAGCAGAGCUCCUUGCCAAAGAACGUGGAACAGUGCCUGGGUUUAUUGGCUUUGGAACCUCUCAGAGUGAUCUAGGAUAUGUUCCUGCAGUUCAAGGAGCAGAGGAAAUAGACAGCCUUGUGGAUGCUGAUUUUCGAAUGGUUUUGCGAAAACUCUCUAAAAGGGAUAUCACAACAAAAUUAAAAGCUAUGCAAGAGUUUGGGACAAUGUGCAAGGAAAGGGAAGCAGAAGUUGUUAAAGGUGUUCUUCCUUACUGGCCAAGAAUUUAUUGUAAAAUCUCUCUAGAUCAUGAUCGCAGAGUUCGAGAAGCAACCCAGCAAUCUUUUGAGCAACUGAUUCUUAAAGUAAAGAAACAUUUGGCUCCUUACUUAAAAAGUAUCAUGGGAUACUGGCUGAUUGCUCAAUGUGACAUUUACUCCCCUGCUGCUUCUGCAGCAAAAGUAGCUUUUGAAAAAGCUUUUCCUUCAAGCAAGCAACCUGAAGCCUUAGCAUUCUGUAAAGAUGAAAUUCUUAAUGUACUUCAAGAUCAUCUUCUGAAAGAAACACCUGAUACACUCAGUGACCCGCAAACUGUACCAGAGGAAGAAAGAGAAGCCAAAUUUUUCCGGAUUCUGACCUGUUCCUUGUUAGCUUUAAAGAAAUUGUUUAGCAUGUUGCCAAAAAAAGAGAUGCGUUCACUGGAGGAAAAGUUAAUGUCACUUCUAUCCCAAAAUAAAUUUUGGAAAUAUGGUAAACACAACAUACCACAGGUUCGCUCAGCUUUCUUUGAGCUGGCUUCUGCUUUUUGCCAGUACCUGCCUGAGCUGGUAAAAGCUGAAGCGCCAAGAGUUUGUCCUGCUGUUCUUCUCAGCAUUGAUGACAGUGAUGCAGUGGUGUGCCCGGCCCUUUGGGAAGCUGCACUUUAUGCUCUUGCCACAAUUGAGGACUGUUGGAGUCAUGUAAAUGCCAGAAAAGGAGUUCUACCAAAGCUGUGGACGGUGCUUCGAGAAGGUGGACGAGGACUAGCUACUGUCAUAUACCCAAAUCUCUUGCCAUUUAUUAGCAAGGUACCACUUGGUAUUGCAGAACCAAAGCUGGACUAUUUCAGAACUUUUUUCAGCUCUAUAAUUCAAGGGUUGUCAAGUGAGCGAGCAGUAAGUAGCCAUUCAGAAAGUUCAGCAAUUAUAACUGCAUUUAUGGAAUGUCUGCGCUUUGUCAUGCUACAGAAAAUAGGUGAAGAUGAUGAGCAAAGACAGAUUCAUCAAAUGCUUAUAUUUGACCAGCUAAUUCCUCUUACUGAUGCUGUACUUAAGGAGCCCAGGUUACAAAAUGGACCAUUAUUUUAUCAAAUAGCAGAAACACUGAGCUCUUGGGAAGCUAAAGCAGAACUCUCCAGUGAUGAUGGCACCGAUGAAACUUUCCAGAAACUGUUAUCAAAUUUUUGGGACUGUCUUCUAAAAAUGUGUGUGCUUCAUGUUGAUACUUUGGACGCUGAUGAGAAAUCGUUGCUUGCUAUAUCUGGUAUGCUAGAAAUUCUUCAGAAUCCAAAUAAUGCUACAAAACCAAACAAUAGAAAAUCUCUAAAAAUCAGAUUUACAGAUGAGGAUGAAUCUGAAAAGAAUGCAGAGAAUGGAAAAUUUACAGAAGUGAAAAAUAAUAGUGACUCUGAAAUACAGGCUGAACAACAGCAUAGUUUGCAUUUAAGGAAAGAAGCUUUAGAAAACUUAGUCUGCAACCUUGCUGAACUGAGUAUUGUGUAUGUCAAUGAACAGAAGUCAGAACAGCAUUUGAAAUUUCUUUCUGCCUUGCUCAACUCCUUCUCUUCAAAAAGAGUUUUUCACGUCCUUUUAGAGCAGGGAAACAGUGCAAGUUGUGCUCAGGCUAAAUCCCAAGAAAAGAUAAAAGCUCAUCAUGAAAAUCCAUCUGUACAGUUUCUGCAUCUGAAUUUAAUAACUUGGCUGAAAGAAGACUGGAGGAAAGACACCCAUUUUCUUGUUGAUAUUUUGUACAGCGUGCUUAAUUGUUGUAACAGUAGGGAUGAAAGGAAAAUCAUUCUUGAUGAUUUAACAAAGAUGGAUCUGAAAUGGGUUAUUCUUCUCCAGAUAAUUCAAAAGGCAUGCUCAAGCACAACAAAACUUUCCUUAGUCUCUGGCUGGCUGAAAGGAGACACACUUGGAGAAAGACUUGUAAUGCUGGCAGAUGAUCUGUGUCAUCUGGGUUUGAAACCCAUCGUGGCUUCAUCAGAAACAUCCUCUUCAGAAAGGUGGACCCUUCUGAGCUUAGUGUUGUCACAACACAUUAAAAAUGAAUCCUUGAUUGGUGAAACUUUUGUUGAAAGGAUUAUUGAUAAACUUCAAGCAGCUUUAUCUAAAGCUAGGGAUCUUUCUGAAGCUGGGAAUACAGAACCGUCAGUGUCUUUCAUCUGUGAGGUAGCCUCAAGCUUUUUCAGCUCAGUUAAAGGGUGUUUACUGAUGCCAUCCUCAGAAGACUUGCUGUUCACCAUCUUCCAGUUGUGUGCUCAGAGGCAGGAUGCCACACACUUAACAGAUUUACUUAUAUGUAAAUUAAAGCACACUUGGAUGUCUGGUGUAAAUUCACUUGUACAUCAACUUCAGAGUAUGCAGAAACAGAGCACCUUUUUGCAUAAAUCUGCACUGUGGGUCAAGAAUCAAAUUCAGUCUUCCUCUUUGGAUGUUAAAAGCCUGCAGGUUUUGAUCUCUGCAGUUAGUGAUUUGUUGUCUAAGCUUCUGGAAGCUGAAGGGCUAUCUGGACAUCUUGUGGGAGCGUAUGUUGAGCGUGUCACGCCAAACAAAACCGAAUGGGAGAAAUUGCAUGAGUCCCUAUCCACUGAGUGGAUGCACAAACCUCUUUUGGAAGGAAGGCUGAGUAUGAAUUGUGAGCAUUUGGGAUCAUAUGUUAAGCUGUGUGGCACAACUAAACUUCCAGGCCAUCUGUGUGCUUCAGCCUUAUUAAGUAAAAUGGUGCUGUCUAUGUUGAAAAAUGGUAUAGUCCAUGGAUAUGAUGAUGCUGAAAGAAAGAAAAUUGACAAUAUAAUUGCAGAACUGCUGUACUCAUUACAGUGGAUUGAAGAAUUGGAGAAUCCUCCUUAUCUGCUUCUUGAAUAUCUUCAUAUGUUAGAAGAAAUGCACAUCACAUAUGAGAAGUUCAAGACACUUAGUAAUACAACUAACCUUCAGCAAACAAUAUGUGAUAGAUCAGAGGAACAUGGAAGACUGUGGUCCUUAACCAUGGCUAAAGUGAUUCGUGAAGGAAACACUGGAUCAUGUGGGAUGAAACAGCUUUUCAAAACAAGUGAAGGGUUUCUUCCAUUAACAGAGGGCAGAUUGCAUACACUUCAGUGUCUCUCAUCAUUUUUAAUUGAGGAAGAAAAGAAAGAACUUGUCUUUGACUGUGUGGCCAAACUCAUGACUUGCAUGCAGACAGAGCUCUCUACUACUGAUGGAGCAUUUGGGUGUCUUUCCAUUUUGAACUCCUGCUUGAAUGACAGAAGUAUUGACUGUGAUCAUUUACUACCUGGAAUACUAAAAAUCAUAAUAUCUUGGAAAAAUGAUAAUGAAGACAGCUUUCUUUUUAGCUGCAGUCUGAAAGAAACAAGUGCUCAGUUGCUUGGUCUCAACAUAGAGAUGAUCCGUUUCCUUCCUUUGUUGCUGAAGUAUUCUACAACUCCUUUGGCUGACAAUGAAUGGGACUUUAUAAUGUGCUCCCUGCUGGCUUGGUUAGAGACAACAAGUGAAAACCAUUCACUUUAUCAUGUCCCACUUGUACAAAUUUUUGCUUGUGCCAGUUGUGACUUGGCAUCUGCCCUUAGUGCUUACUUUGAAGCUGCAGCUUCUGAAACUAUUGAAAACCUUCCUGUGAACUUGAUCAGUGAAUGGAAGGAAUUCUUUUCUGAAGGAAUUCACAAUUUGCUGUUACCCUUGUUGGUGAAAGUGACAGGAGAAACCAAAAAUGCAUCUGAAACAGCUUUCCAAAACUCUGUAUUAACAUCUGUGGGUGAAGCUCUAACAUACAUAUCAAAGGACCAGUUGUUAAAUCAUAAACUGCCAGCCAAGUUUGUUGCAGGCCAGAAAACAAAUCUUCCGGAUAAACUCCAGACUCUGUUAAAUACAUUAUCUCCAUUAUUGUUCUUCCGGGCUAGACCUGUACAGAUUUCUGUCUACCACAUGUUGUAUAAAUUAAUGCCUGAAUUGCCUAAGUUUGAUGAUGAAGAUCUCAAAUCUUAUGGUGAUGAAGAGGAGGAAUCAGCAUUAUCACCUCCUGCAGCUCUUAUGUCUGUCCUGGCCACUCAAGAACUCUUGCUAGAAAACAUCCUAGAAUGCAUUCCUGUUGGAGAAUUCGCAGUUAUCCAGCCACUGAGCGAUGAGUUCUGCAUUGUUCUAGGAUAUCUUCUGACUUGGAAGUUAACAUUAACUUUCUUCAAAGCGGCUUCUUCUCAGCUGCGAGUUCUCUACUCACAAUACCUUAGAAGAACUAAAAGCUUGAAUAAACUGCUUUAUCAUUUGUUCAGGCUAAUGCCUGAAAACCCUACCUUUUCUGGGCCAGCUUCUGAAGUUCCAAAUAAGGAUACAAAAACUUUCUUUACUGAAGAACUUAAUUUAGAUGUUAAAGGGACAGGGCUACUGUCAUCUCAGAUACCACACUUGGCUUGCUCUGUGUAUCAUAUAACAUUGAAAGACUUGCCAGCGAUGGUUAGGCUGUGGUGGAAUAGCUGUGAGAAACGUGUCUUCAGUGUUGUAGAUAAAUUUACAAGCAAAUACGUCAGCAGCGUGCUUUCUUCACAGGAAAUAGCUUCUGUACAGACUAGCACCCAGUUAUUUAAUGGCAUGACGGUAAAAGCUCGAUCUGCUGCACGGGAAGUCAUUGCUACCUAUUCAGUGGAUGAUAUAUUUAUUGAACUAAUAAUACAGCUUCCAUCAAAUUACCCACUGGGAUCCAUAACAGUUGAGAGUGGGAAGAGGGUUGGUGUGGCUGUUCAGCAAUGGCGCAAUUGGAUGCUACAGUUGAGCACGUAUCUUACACAUCAGAAUGGAAGCAUUAUGGAAGGCUUAUCUUUGUGGAAAAAUAAUGUGGAUAAACGUUUUGAGGGUGUUGAAGAUUGCAUGAUCUGUUUCUCGGUCAUUCAUGGUUCCAACUAUUCUCUUCCCAAAAAAGCUUGCAGAACAUGCAAGAAAAAGUUUCAUUCAGCCUGUUUGUACAAAUGGUUCACAUCUAGCAACAAAUCCACAUGUCCGCUUUGUCGAGAGACGUUUUUCUGAAAUAAAAUGGUCUGUCUUCUUUCUAUGAGCUAACAAGUAAAUGAAGAGGAGGCAUUAAACUGGAUGUUGAAAGAAGCUAAUUACUACUUUGAAAUAAUGUCAGUUACUUUGAAUUCUUGACUAGUGGGAUAUGAUCCAUAUUUACCUCUGGACUGUUUUUUGUAAAAGUUUAAACAUUCUUCUUUGAUAUAAAGAAAUAUAUAAGAAUAAUUUAUUUUAAUUUGUAUAUUUUUAAGGUGUUAAGAUACGUUAAAAAUUCAGAAGUAAUGCAGAGUUAUGUCUGCAAAGUGGUGUUUAAGCCACAGCAUAGUUGACUCAAACCUCUUUAUUUUAGCUAUAUUCUAACAUGGUGUUAUGCACUUAAGUCAUAUCAUGCCUCUUAAUAUACAUACACAUGAAUUUACCAUAGCUGGUAUGAAGACAUGAAUUUUUGAUGAUAGUAAAUGUACAUUUAUAAUAGUUCCUCUUAAGGAAAAAAUGGAUAUUGCUGUUGCACAUUAAAGUUAAGGCAUGGAAUUAAGGUGACUACUUUGUGUUAAAGAAUAAAACCUUAACAUAGCAUGAUCUAAAUUAAGAUGUUUAUAAACUGAGCUUUCACCUUUAACAGUCCGAUUUUCCCAAAAAACCUCAGCCAUCCAGCAGCCUAAAAACAUGAAAACUCUGAAGCCCAAGUAAGCACAGAGGGAGCAAAAUCAUUCCUGCAUGACAGUGCAAAACACUACCUACUUAUUAUAGAUAGGCUUUUAAAGAGAAGACAUACACACUGAUCAGUUCAUGUGUUUUCAUUAUUUCAGUUAAUGUCUUCACUAUCUGCCAAAUAAGCUGUCACUGAAUCUCCACUGUACUUCCACUGUCCAGUAAGGACUUGUUUGCUAAGUGAAUGUGACAGAUGUGUCAGAAUUUAAUAUUGUCUGCCUUUCACUAUUUGUUUUUUUCAUGCCUUUUUUUAAACAGCAGUAGCAUACUAAUAUGUUCUAAGUUGGAUGGUAUUGCUCUGUGCUAGAUUUCUUGAAAAAGCCAAUAAAAGGGGAAGAAUAAAUGAA